CCCGAGGAAGACUCCAUCCCCAUGCAGGCAGCUGCUAAGUUCCUGAACCGCAUCGGGCCAGAGGAGCUGGAGCGCUGCCUGUUCACUGAGACACUGGCACUGGUGGCAGCGGGGGGACAGCCGCAGGGACAUCUCUGGGUAACGGCCCGACAUGCACCCUAUGAGCAGGAGGGCCAGCGGGUGAGGAGCUGCCUCCUGCUCCAGGCCGGCUCCCAGGGGCUGCUGGAUGGCGUGCCAUAUUCCUGCAGGCUCACGGGGUAUGUGUCUAUGCAGCUGGAGACGCUGGAGCAGGAGCAGCACGAGCGCUUGGAGUUUGGAGCACACCCCAUGGAGAGGAAGAUCCACAUGGUACAGCACCCACAUGGAAUGACCGUCACUGUCACCACCCGGGACGGAGAGGCAGACCCACAGCACCAGGUGUUCUCCUACAGCUGGGCCUCACUGGAGGGGCUGCUGGGGGAGGCUGCCAGUCUGCUGCUGCUGCGGGUGCUGGCGUGCCGCCAUGCCGUGCCCCCCAGCAUCACCUUCCCGGCCAUCGACAAGGAGGGCCACCUCUGCACCACCACCUAUCGCUCCCUGGGCAUGCGGCAGCAGCCGGUGGGCUCAGCGCAGGCGGAAGUGUUGGUGGUGGAGAGAGCCCUGCAUGCUGCCCAGGGCAUUCCGAUGGUGUGGCACUACAGCCUCCUCCCCAGCGGGCAUUUGGCUCGGCGAGUGCAGGUGGGGUGCCCGGUGGUUGCUGUGCUGCAGGAUGCACCUGCUCUCAGCGGCAUGGGUGCAGAGUCCCAGCCUCUCUUCCCAAAGCAGCUGCUGGACUGGGAGGAGGACGCCCAGCUGUGCUCCUGGUUCUUGGACAGGAAGGAGGAGCUGCGAGCGUCCCACAGCACCUACAUUCAGCAGCAUCCUGAGCUCUUUGCACUGCUGGCUGACUUCCUGCAGGCCCUGCUGCUCCGCCAGCCCCCCGACCCCAUCCUCUUUGCUGCAGAAUUCUUUGCUCCCUUUGCCCGCCACCAGCCCCCUGGGCCCAGCUUUGCCUCCUCCAUAUCCCCCAGCCCUUUCUGCAGCAUCUCCUGUCCCAGUCCCCUGGCUCAGGGGGAUUAA